AUGGACAAGCUUAUUGUUGAGCUACCUUUGAUUGAUGUUGUUAGGACUUCUCCAAUGCUUAGGAGAUAUGUCAAGAGAAUGGUAACUAAGGAUUUGAAUGUUGAGCAAGGAGUUAUGAUGAUAUCAGCUCAAGUCAGUGCUAUUAUUCAGAACAAGAUCCCAGAAAAGCUUCCUGAUCCAGGUAGUUUUGUUCUUGAUUGUACUAUAUUCACUGACAGAUUUGCUAGAUCUUUGUGUGAUCUUGGUUCUAGUGUCAACUUAAUGCCAAGAUCAGUAGCUCUUAGCCUGGGAAUGACAGACUUCAAGUCUACCAAGAUCACUCUAAUCCUUGUGGAUCGCUCAAUUUGCAUUCCUGAUGGUGUUCUUGAAGAUGUUCCAAUUAAGAUUGGUGAAUGCUUGAUACCAACUGAUUUUGUGGUACUCAAGUAUGAAGAAGAACCUAAGGACCCUCUUAUCCUUGGAAGAUCUUUCUUAGCCAAUGCUGGAGCUAUAAUUGAUGUCAAGAGAGGGCAAAUUGGGUCAAUGUUGGUGAUCUGCAAAUGCGUUUUGACAUGGACAAGCUGGUCAAAAGGCCAACCAUUGAUGGAGUUGCAUCCUGAAGACCCACUUGAGAGAGCAUUGGUUGCUUCUGUUGAAGAGGUUGAGCAUCUAGAUGACAUUGCUGCUGGAUAUGUCAAUCUACUUGAUGCUAAUGAGCAAUUGAAGAAGCUGGUUGCACAAGAGGAAUUGGUUAGUACUUCUUCACAAGCUGAAAAAUUUUCUGAUUGGAGUUUUGAGAAAGCUCCAAAGCUUAAUCUCAAGCCACUUCCUGCUGGAUUAAGGUAUGCAUUAUUGGGUGAAAAUUCUUCUUAUCCUGUUAUUGUUAGUGCUUCCUUGAACAAUGCAGAGCUCACUUUACUGCUAAGUAAGUUGCGCAAGUUUCGCAAAGCUCUUGACUAUUCUCUUGAUGAUAUUGCAGGAAUUUCUCCAGACUUGUGUAUGCAUAGGAUUCAUCUUGAGGAAGGAGCUAAGACAUCUAUUGAGCAUCAGAGGAGAAUGAAUCCAAAUUUGCAAGAUGUUGUCAAGAAGGAGAUCAUGAAAUUGCUGAAUGCUGGGAUCAUCUAUCCAAUAUCUGACAGCAAUUGGGUUAGUCUGGUACAUGUUGUUCCUAAGAAGGAUGGAGUAACAGUGGUGAAGAAUGACAAGAAUGAGCUGAUCCCUACAAGGACAAUUACUGGUCAUCAGAUGUGCAUAGACUACAUGAAGCUGAAUGCUGCAACCCGAGAAGAUCACUUCCCGCUGCCCUUCAUUGAGCAAAUCCUUGAGAGGUUAGCUAAUCAUCCAUACUACUGCUUUUUGGAUGGUUAUUCCGGGUUCUUCCAAAUUCUGAUUCAUCCUGAUGAUCAAGAGAAGACCACUUUUACUUGCCCCUAUGACUAUAUGGAGGUAUUCAUGGAUGAUUUUUCAGUUUAUGGGUCUUCAUUCAAGAACAGUUUAGAUAAUCUAUGCAAGGUGUUGGCAAGAGAUGGCAUAGUGCUUGGUCACAGGGUUUCAGAAGCUGGUAGUGAAGUUGACCGCACUAAGAUAGAUGUGAUGACAUGUCUUCAAAUGCCCGAGAAUGUGAAGGCAGUAAGGAGUUUUCUUGGGAUAGCCUUUGAAAGGAUUAAGCAAGAGCUUGUGAGUGCUCCUAUUGUUCAGCCACCAGAUUGGGAUCUACCAUUUGAUGUUAUGUGUGAUGCUAGUGACUAUGCAGUGGGAGCAAAGAAGGAUGCUAAGCCUAGACUUUUGAGACGGAUUCUUCUUCUACAAGAGCUUGGCAUUGAAGUGAGGGAUAAGAAAGGAGUAGAGAAUGGUGUUGCUGAUCACUUAUCCAGGAUUAGAAUUGAUGAUGAUGUCCUAAUACAAGUCUAUGGUGACGAUCGAUACCACCAUGGCAUCGGUCGACACCCAUGUUUUCCCGAAACAGAUUGGUCGUAUGAUGGAGAUUUAGCUGCUGUGGCUAGCUCAAAUCAACCUUGGUAUGUUGAUAUUGCCAAUUAUCUUGCUGCAGAGGUAGAACCAGAGAAGUUCACUGGCUAUAACAAGAAGAGUGAUGGAGUUUACAGAAGAUGUUUAGCAGAGAGUGAGGUACCUGACGUUUUGUUUCAUUGUCAUGGAUAUGACUAUGCAGAACAUUUUGCUACAUUCAAAACAGUGUCCAAGGUUCUCCAAGCAGGCUUUUGGUUGCCAACGAUGUUCAAAGACGCUCAAGAGUUUGUCACAAGAUGCGAUGUCUGUCAGAGGAAAGGUCAAAUCAGUAAAUGGAAUGAGAUGCCACAAAACUUCAUUCUUGAAGUUGAAGUGUUUGAUUGUUGGGGUAUUGACUUUAUGGGACCAUUUAUUUCUUCUUACAAGAAUCAAUACAUCUUAGUGGCUGUUGAUUAUGUCUCCAAGUGGUUUGAAGCGAUUGCCUAUGCAAAGAAUGAUUCUGUUGUGCUGCUGAAAAAGUAUGGAGUUCAGCAUAGAGUGGCUACUCCAUAUCACCCACUGACUAGUGGUCAAGUAGAGGUUCCCAACAGGCAGAUUAAGGAGAUUCUUGAGAAAACAGUUGGUGUUACAAGGAAGGAUUGGGCUAUGAAGCUUGAUGAUGCACUUUGGGCAUAUAGAACGGCUUAUAAAACACCAAUUGGCACCACACCUUUUCAUCUGCUUUAUGGGAAAUCAUGUCAUCUUCCAGUGGAGUUAGAGCAGUCUAGACAGUUAAGUUGA